UUGAGAUUUUACUGUUCAUGUCAUUAUGACUCGCAUGUAUAUAUAGAGAUACUGUUUGGUUUUGUUUAGCUUGAUUUGCUUCCCCCCCCCCUUUUUGGGGCGAUUUGGGGCCAUUUAUUGAUAUAUUUAUUGAUAUAUAUCUAUAUUUCAUUGGUUUUUCGUUUGUGUGUACUUGGUUUUCCCUUAUUAUCUCCUCGCCUGCUUGGCUUGUAGGAGGUUAUUUUUGCGCCCCUUUUAUCUGUGUUCCGUUCAUCCAUCUUGCGCUGCUGCGCCUAUCUGUGACCCUUCUUUCAGCUCCUCCUCCCUUUCUGGCGGGUCUUUUUCCCGCCGCUUACCUCAGUGCAGCUGCGGCGGCUCCCUCUGUUUCUUCCUGGCUAGCGCGCCCGAGAUCUCGCGAGAUCUUGGGCACUUCCGCUUCCGCCUGUGACGUCAUCGCAUAUCGGAGCUCUGUCAUUUUUUCUUACAGGUUUUUCUUCAGCGGUUUCUAUCCUUUUACUGGUUUUGGGGCAAAUCCCCUUUGCCAGCCUCCCCCAUCUAGUGUUCUCACAGUCACAUUCAAAGUACGGUCGGCCAUAAUAUUUAAGUGCCAGCAUGCCUAAGAAUGUGCAUGCUGCCCAGGGCCCUGCAGAGGAGGAUCUUCCUCUAAUGGAAUUAACCCCUUCGGGGGAAGAUGGCCAUGCCCCGAUCCCUGGUGGUCAUGAUACGGAUUUUCAGGCGUCCAUAUCUAGCGCCAUUGCUGCAGCCAUGGGAUCUAUGACUUCUGUCAUCUCCCAGACUAUUGCCCAGGCCCUUGCGGCCCAUCCAGCUACCUCUCAAACCCCACAGCCCGUCAUGGUGUCCCCACCCACCGGGCCAGUGAUUUCUGCCUCCAGAAAAAGGAAUAGUAAGGGUGAUGAUGUUUCCACCAAUGUUGGCGCGCUUGGUCCGCGCAAGAGAGCCCGUACGCGUCGGGCAGAACGCACGCGCAACUGGAAAAGUGCUAGAGCACUGCAGGAUAUGGAUUCCGAUUCUGAGAUCGGAUCUGAGGAGGAGGCUUUAGAUGACGCCUUUGAGGAGGCAGAGGAGGACCCAUCAGGGGUCAUGGAAGAUAACCCCUUACCCGGGUGUAGCUCCAUGGUUUCGGCAGCAGAUGUGUCCUUGACAGACCCAUCAGGGGAACCGCUCUUUGACCCGGAUUCCCUACACCACCCUCGGUCUGCGGAGUGGUUGCCGUUGGAGCACGUCUCCAAAUAUUUGGAGGCCCGCGUGCGUUGCCCCCUCUCCAAAGAGGCGCGCAACAAGCUUAGGGCAGAAUGCCCCAGACCCAUAAUCCCGAACAGGGUUUGCGAGACUCCAGCGGUAGACCCCAAAAUGACCCAAUUCCUCGCCAAAUCUGGGUGGAAUCCGAGAAAGGGUCUGGAGUCAGCCCUGCGUGCGUGUCAGGACAAGCUCCUGGACAUAUUUGGCCCCCUGGCAAAGAUUUUCGACUUGGCCGAGGUUGCCAAGGCCAAGGGUAAGCAGGUAGACCCUCUAGAGCUGCGCGAGUGGGUGCAGCGCGCGAUUUGCGUAGCAGGAAACGUUAACACGUCCCUGGCUAUUGAACGGCGCAAGGCCAUACUUUUCAAGGUUGAGCCUAAACUCUCCAACUUGGCGCUUACCGAAGCCGGUAAGGAGGCCCAGGGCCUGCUGUUUGGCGAGUCCUUUAUUAAGGACUUAGGACGGUUCGUUGGUGCUUUUACAGCACUCGAUAAGGCCCAGAGUUCAAUGAAGCGGGUGUUUCACGGUAGGGUCUCUACCAGGGCCGGCAGUUUCAGGGGCCGUCUGUCCGGCCGUGCCCAUUUUCAGUCCCGUGCUACGGGCAGAGGCUCCUUCUCCCAGAGACCUGCGUUCCAGGAGCAGAGGUGAGAGUCAUCAUCCUUUUUCCCUUCCCGGGGAGGAUCCUGGAGGCCUAGAGGAUACAGAGGAAACCCUGGUUCCAGACGACCUUAUGGUUGAGAUCGGUCAGUUCCGUGAUGUCCUUUGUUCUACGUCCUGGUUCGGAGGGUCGGCAGUUCGGUUCCAGCCGGUCAUGUGACGUGGACAGCUUCAGGAGGUUCUUCAAGGUUGUUCCUGGUGUUCCUGUUCGCUUCCGGAUGGAUGGCGCUUUUGUUCCCAGGCUGUUCCGGUUCCUGGUUGGCGGUUCGGUUGGACUGUUCGGUUCGGAUUUACAAAGAAAGAGGAGGAUUUGCAGGCGGUGUGGCCUGUUAUAGAGAGACUAUGGGGAGGGGCUGAUGACAUGUUUCAAUAUUUUUAUUUGUUCUUUGCUGCUAUUGGUCAGAGUAAAGAAGGAG